UUUGUUGGGCGCUGUGUUUCUGCUGAAUGGUCUGUUUUUUCAGUCGCUUCACAGCGUUCCUUUAGAAAGUAGUGAUCGCAGUGCUUACCCAACAGACAUGGCCCUGCUAGAACUUGCCUUGCAGGGGCUCGCCAUCUUCGGAUUCAUCCUUUUUCUCGUCCUGUGGUUUAUGCACUUCAUGUCCAUCAUCUAUGUACGUCUUCAUCUCAACAAGAAAGCCUCUGACAAACAGCCCUACAGCAAGCUUACAGGCGUCUCAUUGCUGAAGCCCUUGAAAGGAGUGGACCCCAACCUCAUCAGCAAUCUAGAAACCUUCUUCGAGUUGGAUUAUCCCAGAUAUGAAGUGCUCCUUUGUGUCCAAGACCAUGAUGAUCCAGCCAUCGAUGUCUGUAAAAAGCUGCUGGGCAAAUACCCAGAUGUGGAUGCCAGGCUAUUUAUAGGUGGUAAAAAAGUUGGCAUUAACCCAAAAAUAAACAACUUAAUGCCAGGAUAUGAAGUAGCCAAGUAUGACCUUGUUUGGAUCUGUGACAGUGGUAUUCGAGUGAAACCAGAUACUUUGACAGACAUGGCCAAUCAGAUGACAGAAAAAGUGGGUCUAGUCCACGGGCUCCCAUAUGUAGCAGACAGACAAGGCUUUGCAGCCACUUUAGAACAGGUUUAUUUUGGCACAUCUCACCCACGUUCCUAUAUCUCAGCUAAUGUUACUGGCAUUAAGUGUGUAACCGGAAUGUCCUGCUUAAUGAGGAAGGAUGUGCUCGAUCAAGCAGGGGGACUCAUUGCUUUCGCACAGUAUAUCGCAGAAGAUUAUUUUAUGGCCAAAGCCAUUGCUGACAGGGGGUGGAAGUUUUCCAUGGCAACACAAGUAGCAAUGCAGAAUUCUGGUUCCUACUCAGUUUCUCAGUUCCAGUCACGAAUGAUCAGGUGGGCCAAACUACGAAUUAACAUGCUUCCAGCCACGAUUGUCUGCGAGCCAAUCUCGGAGUGUUUUGUGGCUAGCCUAAUAAUCGGCUGGGCAGCUCAUUAUAUUUUCAGAUGGGACAUCAUGGUGUUUUUCAUGUGUCAUUGCCUAGCCUGGUUUAUAUCAGAUUACAUCCAACUCAGAGGAGUCCAGGGGGGAUCUCCGUGCUUUUCCAAACUUGACUAUGCCGUGGCGUGGUUCAUCAGAGAAUCCAUGACGAUACACAUCUUUUUGUCAGCCUUGUGGGACCCUACAAUCAGCUGGAGGACGGGGCGCUACAGGUUACGCUGUGGAGGCACAGCCGAGGAAAUCCUUGACGUAUAACUGCAAUAAAAACCUGGGACUAUGUAAAAGAAAAAAGAAAAAAAUGCAACAAAUGCAAAAAAAUAUACAUUAUGUUUGUAUGAUGGGGGGGGGGGGGGGGGGGGGGGACGGACCCUGGAAACUUUUAAAGAAUUCAACCUUUGACAGUUUUUACUUGUGUGUGUAAAAAGUGUUUAUUACUUGUUUGUGUGGCACUUGCAGCUAGCUUUUUUAAGACUGUAAAUGUAGUUUCAUCACCCCUGAAAAGGUAGGUGGGGGGGACAGGACAACCAAGGAAAAAGGAACUUUGGAGGGGGGGGGAGUAGAUUUACAUAUAUCUGCAGGCAAUACUUGGCUUUGUAAGAGUCAAGUACACUGAAAUUAUACAUUUUACAGAGGCUUCUUUUUGAGGAGCUAUUUAAUAUUAUACAAAAUUCAGUCUAAAUUAGGGAGUGGGGCACUUACAAUACCUGUGGCCUACAGGGGCUUUCAGAUUCUUUUCCAUGUGUCUGUUCCUUCCAAAUUUCUUCAAUCCUGUUAAGUUGUUUUAAUUAGGUUAUGCCUCAGACAGGAUCUAAACGAAAGGGGCGCAUUUUAAAAUUCCACAUGAAUUGCAGUUUGAGCCAUUUUGGCCUUUACUGUGAGCUGAGAAGCUUGUGUGUGUCCAUUAUAACCUAGAGGGGUUCAAACUGGUGUUUUAUUGAUUUGUUUUAUUUCACCCUUUCAGAAUAGUGUUAUCUGAAGGAAAAAAAAAAGAAAUCCGAUUUAAGAAGUUUGAAGAAAUGUUGACAUGUAAAUAUAUAAAAGGGAUCUCAUUCCACAUAAAGUAGUAGGGCCGUCCUAGUUCCAAUAUUGGCUUGGGCAGCAACAUCAGAAAAGUAUCCGUUGAUAAGCCCCUAAUACUGGAAUUAAAACAGUGGAAGAUUGGCGGUCUUAAUUGAUUAAUUGGGAAGAGUGGUUGAUGCUAAGCUUUCACAUUUUGUAUAUUUCUGACUUAAUUGUGUAAGCAGGUUGCUGUAUAGUAAACCAGGUACACAAUCCCCUCCCCCCAAGUUCCUAAUCUUAAUAAAUUAGUUUUAGGCCUGGGGGCAGGGGUGUUGAUGGGUUCAUAUGUAUAUUGGGAUUUUCCAAGCAGUCAAACUUUUCAGGAAAACAAAUCUGUUUCUGUGUUUGGUUGUCUUUUUGAAGUAUCUUGUGGGGAUUAUUAGUAAGGUUCUUUUAAUGUCAUUCAAAAUAAUGAACCCCGAGUCGAUGGCUGGGAUAAAAACACAGAAAUAAAGAAAAUGGCAAACAGCCGAUCAUUGGCUCUUUGCUGUCCACAGUUAGUUACUUGCUGUGUUAUAGCUUUGGCUAAUUAUAGAUAUAUAAACAAGAAAGGCUCUGAAUGAAACCUGUUUUGAUACGUGACAUUUCAUUUUAGGAAAUCAUUUCAGUACUUUCAUACAAAAAUAUACUGUAGUUCAGGAAGACUUCAAAUGAAUGUAAUAUUGCAUGUAAAUGAGUAAAUAUUGACUAGCUGUUUAAUUUAAAGUAAGAUUUGAAAUACAUACCGUAAUAGACGCCAUAAUAGUACACUUUGGAUGGUGGGUACUUUCUCGCCAUUACACAACUCUUGCAUUAUUGACGAUCAAAUCAAGUCUGCUGUUACUUGCCACCUUUGUGAAUAGUCUUAGUACUGAGUACAGUUUUGUAUUCCACCUUGUGAUGGUGGGAGGGGGAAGGGGGGUGGGGGUAAUAGGAACACUGUAAACCUCCUGUUUUCUCCUGCGACACAUGUUUUGUGUGUUUUAUUGAUGGCUGAAAAGAUUGUAAUGUUAUACAGUGGGGAACUGGACUUUUUUUGUUUUUCUUUUAUACAUUAUGUAUACUAGGGUGAACAAGGUUGGGGGUAAGACUGGAGCCUUUUGCAGCAUUCUGAAAAUAUUGGUCCUACAGUAUUUAACAAUUAACUAUGUUUUUAAAGACUUGAUAAUUACCUGAAGUGUCAAGUAGCUGUACAAGCAUUCAGUGCAUGCACAUUCUAGAAUAACUUAGACUAUCGAACCUGUUGAGCUUGAGUUACACACUCUGAAUUCGUUUUGUGCAAUCCGCUUUCAAAUGAAGCAAGCCGCCUUCAGUUUCAAAAUAAACAACCCAAUCAAAGCAACACUUAGUUUAAGGAGAAGGUUCUCAUGUAAGGUGUGAGUUUAUGAAUAAAUGUGUAAAAAUGUGUGCAUUUUUGCAGGUUGUUUUUAAUCCUUAGAACAUGAAUACACUGUAUAUAUAAAACUGUAGAUUUAAAAAGUUGUUCUUACCAUUUUAACUCCAGUAUAAUGUGCACAUGCAGGUGGCUAGGCUAUAGUUGCUAGUCUAUCUAUGGACCAAGCCUUAUGAAACACAUUUAAUUGGUUUGAAGGGCCGCUACGAAUGUGAAUAAUGGCUUCAGUGUUCUCAAUCUUGUGGCUGUUCUCACCGAAUAGGAUAAUAUCAAGAUGAAGUGGACUGAACUGAUUAUGAAAGCAAACAACAACAAAAUGUCUAGUUGUGAUCCACCUUUCUUUAAAAAAAAGUCUUGUCAAAUAUGUAUAGUUGUGGAUACUUUCUUUACAGUGUAUUCAUGAAGUUUGGUUGAUACCAUUGCAGUCACUGCUCAAGUGAACCCUAACGUGCUGUUGUGUAGGCAGCUUUUUUUUAUUUAUUUUUUUUGCCGAGCAGUGUAUAAACAAAAACAAAUGCUGGACGAACUUCAUUGUGUUUUUUUCAUGAAAUUAUUGUUUUGUAGAUAUGAAUUCUUGACUGUUCUAUAUUCUGUUCUAAAGCUGAAUGCAUAAGCCACAGCUGGAAACUGUGUUAUUACAGAAAAAAAAUAAAGCUUUAUUGAAGUCA